UCCCACGACACGUUUUGUAAUAAUUCCAAUCGGAUCGGAUGCAGCAGCAGUGAGAGAUAAUGAGCAAUAACUGCUACUAUCAAAUCAUAAUCGUCGCCGCCGUUGGAAGCAUCUGCCUGCUGGUGACGGUAGCGGAAGCCGUUCGCUAUGUGCCCAAAUGGAAGAAACAGGCCUGCGAGAUCCCCAACGCGCAGAACGAAUACUCACACUACGUGUGCGAUGACAAUGGCGACGUCAAGUGCCUGCCGGGAUGGACCGGAGAUCUGUGCGAUGUCCCUAUCUGCAAGAAAGGUUGUGACCCGAUGAAUGGAUACUGCAAGCGGCCGCACGAGUGUCGCUGCAAGCUGGGCUUCUACGGUGACAACUGCAACCGCUGUAUCCCGCUGCCUGGUUGCCAGCACGGAGGUUGCAAGGUGUCAUUCGAGUGCGUCUGCCACAAAGGCUGGGAUGGCAUCUUCUGCUCGGAACCAAUCUGCCGCGAGGACUGCCAUCCAUCGCGCGGAUACUGCGAGUCUCCUGGUGAAUGUCGUUGCCGACUUGGCUGGGCUGGUGCCACGUGUCGCGACUGUCAAGUGCUCCCAGGAUGCAUGCACGGAACGUGUACUAAGCCACUGGAGUGCAAAUGCCUUCCCGGAUGGACCGGAAUCCUGUGUCAGACUCCCAUCUGCACCAAGAACUGCAACCGUGAACACGGCUACUGUAGACGCCCAGGUGAGUGCCGCUGCCGCGUGGGAUGGAUGGGUACCGAAUGCAGCAAGUGCCAUCCCUAUCCGGGAUGCAAGAAUGGCGAUUGUCGUAGGCCUUGGGAAUGCAACUGCAGACCCGGCUGGGGAGGAAUGCUUUGCGAUGAGGAGCUGAACUACUGCGAGAAGAAUCCAAACACGUGUCAAAAUGGCGGAAAGUGUACAUCGUUGAUAAAGGACGACGGUAACUUCAAAUGCGAAUGCCCGUCCGGUUACAAGGGGAAAAACUGCGAGACUCUACCGCCAUCGAUGAUGACCACUUCGUCGUCGACGACUACCACGGCGGCCACGACCAGCAGCACGUCGGAAAUGACUACGGAUGAACACGAACAAAUGACCAACCUGAGGCUACAAAUCGGCAACGUGACCACGCAGUUUCCCGGUGAAGACUAUCUCAACGAAGAAUACAGCGCGGAAGAUGUUGACAACGAAGCCUAAAAUGGAAAUCGAUCGACUUUCGAAAUGAGCAUUUAUUUAUUACCUUAUUUAACUUAUUUAUUUG